GUAAAAACUGGUGUGAAGAAGAUGUGCAGAAUGGGGGAUGUGAAUACCUCUGCCUACCAGCACCACAGAUUAAUGACCACUCUCCGAAAUAUACCUGUUCCUGUCCCAACGGGUACAGCCUUGAGGAAAAUGGACGAGAGUGCCAAAGUACUUCAACUCCUGUGACUUACACUGAGACAAAAGAUAUCAACACAACAGACAUUCUACGUACUAGUGGACUGGUUCCUGGAGGGAUCAAUGUGACCACAGCAGUAUCAGAGAUCAGUGUUCCCCCAAAAGGAACUUCAGCUGCCUGGGCCAUCCUUCCUCUCUUGCUCUUGGUGAUGGCAGCAGUAGGUGGGUACUUGAUGUGGCGGAAUUGGCAACAUAAAAACAUGAAAAGCAUGAACUUUGACAAUCCUGUGUACUUAAAGACCACUGAAGAGGACCUCUCAAUAGACAUUGGUAGACACAGUGCUUCUGUCGGACACACAUACCCAGCAAUAUCAGUUGUCAGCACAGAUGAUGAUCUGGCUUGACCUCUGAACAAGUCUUGACUGCUGAGGUCUGAACCAGUAACACCCACUCCAGAACGAUAACCGAGCCCACGCUGAAGUCUCCUUUCUUCCUCCCAUCUGGAAGAACAUCAAGAUAUCUUUCCGUGGAUCAAGUUUGUGUGCUUGACCAUUUUUAUAUUACUUUUGUAAAUAUUCUUGGCCACAUUCUACUUCAGCUUUGGAUGUGGGUUACCAAGUAUCUGUAACCCUUGACUCUCUAGACAGUAUUGCCAUCUCUGGCCAAAUAUGCACUUUCCCUAGAAAGCCAUAUUCCAGGAAUGAACCUUGUGCUAUAGUGACUCUCACCUGUACAUACAUUGUAUAGGCCACCUGUACAUAUCCCAGAGAACAAUCACUAUUCUUAAGCACUUUGAAGAUAUUUCUAUGUAAAUUAUUGUAAACUUUUUCAAUGGUUGGGACAAUGGCAAUAGGAUAAAACGGGUUACUAAGAUGAAAUUGCCAAAAAAAAUUUGUAAACUAAUUUUGUACGUAUAAAUGAAAUCUUUGACCUCUGUGGAGGUUUGCAAAGACUGACUUCAAACUACUGUACAUUUUUUUCAAGUGCUAAAAAAAUUAAAACACACAGCUUAACCAUG